UGGUGAUGAGCAUUCCUUGUUUUCCUUAUGUGGCGGUGAUUGGGCCCCUGCUUGUCAAAUCCAUCUCUUUCUCCUUCCUCCACUGUUCUGCUCGAGGAUGAAUUGGAAUCUCAAACAAAGUUACUGUACUCUGUGGUUAAACAAAACUGGUGUGUUGAGGUUCUCUAAUGGAAGGCAAAGGUUACGCCCAAGAAGUUUACACGAAAGAUGGCACCGUCGAUCUUCGCGGACGUCCGGUUCUCGCUUCUCGAACAGGGAGGUGGAAGGCCUGUGCUUUUCUAGUUGGUUAUGAAGCGUUCGAGAGGAUGGCUUUCUAUGGAGUGGCUUCCAAUUUAGUGAACUAUCUGACAACCCAGCUUCACGAGGAAAUAGUUUCAUCUGUGCGCAACGUGAAUAACUGGUCUGGGUCGGUCUGGCUAACACCCAUACUCGGCGCCUACAUUGCGGAUUCCUACGUGGGUCGGUUUUGGACCUUCACUGUGUCAUCUCUCAUUUACGUCCUGGGCAUGGUGCUUCUGACAAUGGCGGUCUCUGUUGGAUCCUUGAAGCCAACAUGUGCAAACGGCAUAUGCAAUAAAGCUUCUAAAUCACAAAUCGCGUUCUUCUACUCAUCUCUCUACAUUAUAGCAAUUGGAGCGGGUGGAACAAAACCCAACAUAUCCACCUUUGGUGCUGACCAGUUCGAUGAUUUCAACCCCCAUGAGAAAGAUCUCAAGGUCUCCUUCUUCAACUGGUGGAUGUUCAGCUCAUUCUUAGGUGCUUUGUUUGCUACCAUGGGUCUUGUGUACAUACAAGAGAACGUGGGUUGGGGAUUCGGAUAUGGAAUCCCUACAGUUGGUCUCCUUCUCUCCUUAUUCAUCUUCUACUUGGGGACCCCAAAUUACAGACACAAGGCCAGGAAGACCAAAACCCCUGCAAGAGACCUAAUUCAAGUUCCAAUUACAGCCUUGGCAAAUCGCAAUCUCAAGCUCCCUAGUGAUCCAUCCCAGCUUUAUGAGCUUGAGCCACACCACUAUGUGGUCACUGGAAAGCGACGGCUUCAUCACACACCGGCUUUUAGGUUCCUGGACAAGGCUGCAAUCAAAGACGGCAAUGCAGCGGGCUCAAGACCACCCUGCACUGUGACUCAAGUUGAAGGAACCAAGCUUGUAUUUGGAAUGGCCCUAAUAUGGCUAGUGACCCUGAUUCCUAGCACCAUCUGGGCACAGGUAAACACUCUGUUUGUCAAACAGGGAACCACACUGGAUCGGCACAUAGGACACAGCUUCCAAAUCCCAGCUGCAUCACUAGGGAGCUUUGUUACACUCUCAAUGAUCCUGUCUGUGCCGAUGUAUGACCGCUACUUGGUGCCAUUGAUGCGGCGGAGGACCGGCAACCCCCGGGGAAUCACACUCCUUCAAAGGCUUGGAAUUGGGUUUGUGAUCCAAGUUGUAGUCACUUUAAUUGCAUAUAUUGUAGAACUCAGAAGGAUGCAUGUUAUAAAGGUACAUGGCAUCUCCGGUAGCAAGCAGGUUGUCCCCAUGAGCAUAUUUUGGCUCCUACCCCAGUAUGUUCUCUUAGGCAUAGCAGAUGUAUUCAAUGCCAUUGGUCUGCUUGAAUUCUUCUACGAUCAGUCGCCGGAGGACAUGCAGAGCCUCGGAACCACAUUCUUCACUAGUGGGAUUGGCGUGGGGAACUUCUUGAAUAGCUUCCUAGUCACUGUUGUGGAUGACAUAACUGGGAGGGAUGGGAGGAAGAGAUGGAUAGGGAACAACUUGAAUGCUUGUCAUUUGGACUACUACUAUGGUUUCCUUUUGAUCAUCUCCACCAUUAAUCUAGGCAUCUUUUUGUGGGUAUCCAGCAAAUACAAGUACAAAACAGAGAGCAUUGAAGUGGCUGAGAGCAAGAUUUGAUGAGUUGAGAUGGAGAGUAGGCCUGUACACAAUGCUCCUCUUUGGAUUUCCAGCCUUGAGCAGUUGAGCUUGAGUAGGGAUGAAAGAGCAUUGUCUAAGCGUGACAAAGUUUGUAAUAUAUGUAUGGAACCCCUCAUCCUUUCGGUGUUGAGGGACUCGACUCAAAUGACAAGUGUACUGAGUUGAGCUUUUCCUGACUCAACGAGUCAACUAAAGAGUCAAUAAAUUAAAAAUAUAUUAAAAUGUCAA